AUGAUAUUAUUGCUGACGGGAGCACCUUAUAUUGUGAGCUCAGCAUGCAUACCUUUGCUUUGUACUCUCUGUGACGCACUUGGAGUGUGUUUGCUCAACAAGCCCAUCACACUGCUCGACCCCACAGCACUCAAGGACGUCACGCUCACCAGCAUCCUCACGCUGAGCAACGUGCUGUCAAUCAGUGGCAACCUGCUGUGCGACGGCCAGAUCAACCUGCUGAACGGCGUGCUCAAGGUGGACAAAGCCGUCACCAUCACCGACCUGUGCAUCAUCAAUGUGACCGGCGCGGCCACGGUCAACUUCGCGAGUGGCGUGGCCUUCAACAAGCUGACGCUGAUAUUCAACCCGACGGCGGACGGCUCGCCGUCCAUCCUCACAUGGUACGGCGAUGUCAAUGCCACCAACCUCAAUCUGACGUCAAUCGGCUCCAGCACGCCACCCAAGCUGAUCUUUAACUCGGACAAGAUCACAAUCGCCAAUGCCAACGCGGGCAAGUCGAUCGCGUACCUGGAACACAACCAGGGCAGCCGCCUGGCCCUGUCCAGCGCGCUGCAGGUCGACCAGAUGGUGCUCAACCAAAUGACGGCCGAGAUCCCCCUGGCGCUGGCCAUCAACAACCUCACAGUGACGGCGUCGACCGUCUCAGCCCUGACGGGCACGCUUGCCUCGCUGACCCUGCGCCAGUCUUCAUUAUGCAAACUCAACACUGGACCAACAAUCACCAAUCUCAUUUCCAGAGACUCUAAACUGGUUGUUAGCAGCACGAUACUUGUGGACACGUUACAGGCCGUUGGCACUCAACUUAAUAUUAGUGUGGGCGGCUCGCUGGCCGUCGGAAACCUGGCGUCCACCAUCACAAACACGACAAUUCUUUUGAAUACCGGCGUCAUCAAGUCACUCAAGGGUGUGGUGACCAGUGGUGCACUGAACAUCGACUCGACCUCCAGCGCACAGAUCGACGCUGCAUCACUCACUGACUGCGCGAUCAAUGUGAAGGGCAUCCUGGGACUGAGUGGCAACUCAAGGAUCACUGGCAACCAGCUAAUGCAAGUUGUAGGAGGUGGUCUUUUGCUCACCGACACUGCAUCACUCAAGAACAUCGCACUAGCAAUCAAUGGUGGCAUGGUCAGCGCCAAUUCCAGCGCUACACUCACAAAUGUCGCGACCACUCUCAAACUCAAUUCGACCCUGGACAUCAAGACCGGCGCACAGAUGUUGGCGAGCGUGUUGACGGUUGAGGCAGGACUCGUGAGUGUAGUGGGCAGCAUCUCUGGUUCAAACCUCACACUUAGCAACCUUGGCACACUAUCAAUGCCACUUGGCGGACUGAUCAGUACUUCCACAAUCAACCUCUCUGGAGCUUUGAACUUGCUGACAGGCGCAUCCAUUGCCGGCUCCAACAUUAUUUCCAAAGUUGGAUCGAUAAUCACAGCCACUGGAUCCAUUGCCAACACACCCAUCGAUGUCUCGGGCACACUCAUUAUCAACGCGGGCGCACUUGUGUCAGACGUUGCCAACCUAGCCAUUAGGCCAGACGCAGUUGCCAAUGCCAGCGGAAGUAUUACAAACAGUGCACUCUUCCUCUAUGGUGGCGCAUUGACUCUUGCGACGGGCGGAUCUAUUGGCUCGUCCAACGUGUCGGUCUCCAGUGGCGUGCUGACAUUGUUGGGCGGUGGCUCAUUGGUCGGCGCGUCCAGUGUGUCUGUGGCCACUGGCGCAUUGCUCAACAUCCUGCAUGGUACAGUCUCAGAUUCAGUCCUCUCCCUGAGCGGCACAGCCAACAUCGUGAAAGGUUCGCUUAACAACUCACCAGUCAACAUACUCCUCGGCGGACUCAUGUCCUUGGACGCUGAGUCAGUCAUUCAGAGUGGCGCUCUGGCGAUCACCGGACGGGUCUCACUCACAGGCGCUUCAGUCCUCUCCAACUGCACAUUACUUGCUCUCUCUGGCGCGCUCAAUGUCACAAGCAACAGCGCCAUACGCAAGAGCACGCUUGAGUUGAUUGGAUCACUGACCAUGGACGGCGCCUCAAUCAUUGGCUCCACUAUGACCCUCCUGGAAAGCAGUGAGGCCUCUUGCGUCCUGACCAAUAUCACUCAGACGCCUGUUAACAUCAACAAGGGCGCCAACCUGCUGCUUAAGAACUCGCUGUUGACUAAUGCCGCCCUCGCCAUCUCAGGAACAGUCAACACAAUGACCAACGUGGCGAUGGUCGCCGCGACUUCACCAGUUCGUAUCCUGAGCAAGGGUGUGCUGGAUGUUUCUGGCCAUCUGCUGCUAGACGUGACGUCAACAGUGUCCAAAGCUGUAACACUAGUGGAUGGUGUUGCGGACGGCCUGCUCUCACUCGCUCGAGAUGCAGUGGUCACAGUCGGCAGCCUGACUGACGUGGUCUACACCCUGGACACGUCCUUGCAGUCACUCGAUAUUGCCUCCACUCUCCAGUGCGUCGGAACACUGCAGCUCACAGACAAGAUCCCCACACUCAACUUGCUCUCAGUCGUGACCAACUCACUCCUGCUUGGUACCACCAACGCGCUACUCAACAACACUGUUCUCAAGCUUGGAAGCCAGCUAGCCCUGACCACCCUUGGCCUGCUCAGUGUCACCAACUCAGUCGUUUCUCUCACCACCAACACAGUGUCGGGCGUCACCAACGACAUUGUUAUCGGCUCAGCCAGUGUCACCUUGAAUAACGUGAAAGUGUUGCUCGAUGACUCUGUGUUCCUCCCUCAGCGUCUCGUUUUAGACAACAUCUCGUCUGUGGUCAACGCUACAAACCUUACGCCCGGCCCAAUCGGCCAAUCCACAUUCCAAUACCUCUGCGACGAUAAGAUCAUUGUGCUCAAGUUCUCCAAUUGCUCAGACUUUGAGUGUCCGGGCAGCGGCGUGUGCACUGCCUCUGCCGACCAAUGUCCUGACACCCUUGGCAACUGUACCAACAUCGGCUAUCCAUUCAAGUGUUGGAGUGGCGCGUGCACUGCAUCCAUCAGCCAAUGUGCCGCAAUGCCACCAUGUCCAACCAACACCCUUCGCUGCUCCGACUCUUCCUGUGGAGCAUCCAUCGAUCUCUGUCCCAACAACACCGUCACCGAACCCUUCAGCUUCUACGGAUGUCCAAUUGGAUACUACCAAUGUGACACAGGUCAUUGCCAGCGUGAUGUACUUGAUUGUAGAAACUUCACUACUAGGGUAGCCACAAUGGACAUCCCUGUGCACAGUCGAUCACCAGUCGACUCAUCCAAGGACUUGAUUUUGCCAAUUAUAUCGGCUCAAUUGGGAUUGCCACAGCUCAAUGAGAUAUAUGGCUACAUCAAUGUGCCCGCCAACUUUAUGAGCGGAUCCAUCCAACAAUACAUCUCAGUGUACCCUGUUGCAGACUCUGUCCUGAACAAUGUCAAUGGAAGCGGAAUAUGGGGUGACCUAACAUUCCGUGACUCUGUCAAGACCAUGGUCUUCAACGCCACACUUGGUAACUUUGCCAGCCCUGUGUUUGAUUAUCCAAUCGAAUUCCAGCUCAAAUCAGGCAAUCACAAUGAUGAAGAAAUGAGAAACAUGACUCUGGGCAACGUUAGGAUGGCCUUCAUCAAUGUCACGGAGCAAGCGUGGCAAAUGAUGGACAAGUUGUACAUUUGUAAAGAUGGCCGCUCAGUCUGCGGCAAGACCACCCAUUUCACAUCGUUUGCCGUGUUGACGGACUAUAGCGGCAAGGAUGGCAACUCAAAGGAUGGUUCAAGCAACGGUGGAAUGGACAAGACUAAGCUCUACACCAUUGUAUUCUCAGUGGUUGGUGCGGUGGUAGUCUGUGGACUGGCCUUUGGCUUCGUCAUUGCCAAAGUAACCAAUCAUGGUAAUCUACGCUAUUGGUGGGCGAGUCGCAAACGUUCUCUCUCACUAGUGGACAUUGAACUCAAGGACAAGGAUUAA